AUGCGAUGCAGAGACCUGUCGCAGGGGCUGGAGCGCUGGCGGUCAGCGACAUCCGCCGCACGCGUCAGGAGACAAGCUUGCACGAGGGCCGUCAAGCGCUGGCAGGCCGGGCUGGCGUCGCGGGCAUACGACAAGUGGGCAGAAGAAGCCGACAAGGCAAGAUCCGAGAGGCUCCGUCAAGCUCAGCGCGACAGGCGUCAGCUUGCUCUAUGCGAGCGAGUGCUCCGCCGCAUGAUACACGCGCGUCUGGCAGCAGCCUUCGACUUUUACUUGGACCUGGUGACGUGGCGGAAGCGAGCUCGCGAGCUGUGCGGUCGGGUGCUGGGCCGCUGGCUGCAUAGGACGCAGGCAGCAAGCUUCGCGACCUGGAGAGCCGCGGCGGUACGGAGGAGGAGGAUGUGCCUGCUGGCUGACAGGCUGGAGGCGCGGCGCCGAGCUUGGGCGCUCAGCCAGGGUUUCGACCUGUGGCUGGGCCAUGCCGAGACAGGGAGGGCGGCCAGACGUGUAGGAGGGCUCGAGCAAGCUUGCUCGGAGCUGAGCGCCAAGCUGGGUCAUCGGACGGAGAGGCUCGAGGAGCUGGCCCGACAGAGCGUAGCACGGAGGAUACAGGGGCACACGGCCGAGGCUUUCCGGCGGCUGGUAGAGGGCGUGGCUGAGUCACGGAGGCGUCGAGCGCUGGACCGACGCGCGCAGACGAGACGGGAGCUGACGGGUCUCGGGAGAGCCUUCGAAGCCUUCGCUGACGCCGUGUCGGAGCAUCGAGCCUUGCGGGAUCAAGACCGCGAGGUCAGCCGGCUCGAGGGCCAGCUCCAGAGCGAGCAGAGGCGGAGCGAGGAGCUUGCUCAGCACCUUGACGCGCUCAAGCAGUCGUUGCACGCUCGCCUGGAUCGUCAAGCCGCGAGCGACGAGACGCGAGCGGCGUUCGAGGGGCUGAGGUCGGCUACGGGCCGGGCUCGGCGAGCGCGUCAGAUCUGCCGGAAGGCCUUGGGCAAGAUGCGAUGCAGAGACCUGUCGCAGGGGCUGGAGCGCUGGCGGUCAGCGACAUCCGCCGCACGCGUCAGGAGACAAGCUUGCACGAGGGCCGUCAAGCGCUGGCAGGCCGGGCUGGCGUCGCGGGCAUACGACAAGUGGGCAGAAGAAGCCGACAAGGCAAGAUCCGAGAGGCUCCGUCAAGCUCAGCGCGACAGGCGUCAGCUUGCUCUAUGCGAGCGAGUGCUCCGCCGCAUGAUACACGCGCGUCUGGCAGCAGCCUUCGACUUUUACUUGGACCUGGUGACGUGGCGGAAGCGAGCUCGCGAGCUGUGCGGUCGGGUGCUGGGCCGCUGGCUGCAUAGGACGCAGGCAGCAAGCUUCGCGACCUGGAGAGCCGCGGCGGUACGGAGGAGGAGGAUGUGCCUGCUGGCUGACAGGCUGGAGGCGCGGCGCCGAGCUUGGGCGCUCAGCCAGGGUUUCGACCUGUGGCUGGGCCAUGCCGAGACAGGGAGGGCGGCCAGACGUGUAGGAGGGCUCGAGCAAGCUUGCUCGGAGCUGAGCGCCAAGCUGGGUCAUCGGACGGAGAGGCUCGAGGAGCUGGCCCGACAGAGCGUAGCACGGAGGAUACAGGGGCACACGGCCGAGGCUUUCCGGCGGCUGGUAGAGGGCGUGGCUGAGUCACGGAGGCGUCGAGCGCUGGACCGACGCGCGCAGACGAGACGGGAGCUGACGGGUCUCGGGAGAGCCUUCGAAGCCUUCGCUGACGCCGUGUCGGAGCAUCGAGCCUUGCGGGAUCAAGACCGCGAGGUCAGCCGGCUCGAGGGCCAGCUCCAGAGCGAGCAGAGGCGGAGCGAGGAGCUUGCUCAGCACCUUGACGCGCUCAAGCAGUCGUUGCACGCUCGCCUGGAUCGUCAAGCCGCGAGCGACGAGACGCGAGCGGCGUUCGAGGGGCUGAGGUCGGCUACGGGCCGGGCUCGGCGAGCGCGUCAGAUCUGCCGGAAGGCCUUGGGCAAGAUGCGAUGCAGAGACCUGUCGCAGGGGCUGGAGCGCUGGCGGUCAGCGACAUCCGCCGCACGCGUCAGGAGACAAGCUUGCACGAGGGCCGUCAAGCGCUGGCAGGCCGGGCUGGCGUCGCGGGCAUACGACAAGUGGGCAGAAGAAGCCGACAAGGCAAGAUCCGAGAGGCUCCGUCAAGCUCAGCGCGACAGGCGUCAGCUUGCUCUAUGCGAGCGAGUGCUCCGCCGCAUGAUACACGCGCGUCUGGCAGCAGCCUUCGACUUUUACUUGGACCUGGUGACGUGGCGGAAGCGAGCUCGCGAGCUGUGCGGUCGGGUGCUGGGCCGCUGGCUGCAUAGGACGCAGGCAGCAAGCUUCGCGACCUGGAGAGCCGCGGCAGUACGGAGGAGGAGGAUGUGCCUGCUGGCUGACAGGCUGGAGGCGCGGCGCCGAGCUUGGGCGCUCAGCCAGGGUUUCGACCUGUGGCUGGGCCAUGCCGAGACAGGGAGGGCGGCCAGACGUGUAGGAGGGCUCGAGCAAGCUUGCUCGGAGCUGAGCGCCAAGCUGGGUCAUCGGACGGAGAGGCUCGAGGAGCUGGCCCGACAGAGCGUAGCACGGAGGAUACAGGGGCACACGGCCGAGGCUUUCCGGCGGCUGGUAGAGGGCGUGGCUGAGUCACGUAAGGAAUGGGAGCAAUCGCACUUCCUUGCUCAGCUAUCAAUCAAACGAACACUUGUUUUUGUGUUGAAUGCUUUUCUGAAUAACUUUCUGCUUUAUCGGGCUCGUCGUUUGUUCUUUCAUAUUGCUGUUCGAACAUUUUGUGUCAAGCUCAAAAAAUACUUCUUUGACAUGUUGAAGGUUUUUUGCUUUCGCAGCUAUGGGGAGUGGCAGGUUUGUCGUCUCAUUCAAUCUAAAUGGCAUCAACACUCGCUGUAUUCAGCUUUCAAUCGAUGGACAUCAUGGCAUGAGGAAUCGAUUUAUCAGAAUCGGUUUCAAGUUUUGAAGGAAGAAAUCUUUCAGUUGCAAGGUGUCAUCAGUCGUCAUGAGGGUUGGUCUCGGAAACUUACCUCAGCAAUCUGUCUGAAUUGCAAACUUGAUCCUCCAAUCUCUGCCUUCGAUGCCUCACUAACCGGAACAUUAGAGGAGAGGAUCUCUUCUUUUCUGAAGCUGCCGAAACACAUGGUGAAUGUUCUAAUGUUUCCAGAGGACUUGCACAAUCUUAUUGUUUUUGUGCAUAGAAAGGAUGAAACACAAGAGUUUGUUGUCGAUAACAAUCUCUCUAAAGAAUUACAAACCAGCAGACUCGAGAUCUUGCACUGCAACAAAUUCGUUGUGAUUGAAGGUGGAUUGCAAAUGGGAUUGUUGGAAAAAGAAACGAGCAAGAUCCUUUUGAGUUUACAGUCUUCUAGCUUCCUUGCCAUCACCAAGAAGAGGGACAGAGAAAUACAACUCAAGAAGCAGUGGGAACAAAGUAAGGUUGAGCACUACCGGACAUGCCGCAGGUUGAUUCUAAGAUUUGCAUUUACUUUGUUCUACGUCAAAGUGUUCUCUGUGCGAGUGCGGAGGAUCGGUGAAAGAGUGCGGGAGGUGGCAGUGGAGCAACUGUUACUCCGAAAGGCCUUCAUGGCUUUCCGAUACGAAGUGAACAUGCUGUCAAGAAUGUCGCUACACGUAAGGCGCAAGUUGAAGGCUGCCAUGCGGGUCAAUCAAGAGUUUGUUGUAUGGCAGAUCAUACGCUCAUGGCGGGAGCUGAGGUCAAGGUCUACCAUCCUGCUGAUGCACGACCGACAGGUGGAGUAUGUAAGAGACAAGUUGUCGACGUUCUUCUUGUCAAGAUGGGUCCUGCAAGACAAGCGUAGGAACUUCAGCCGCUUCGCCGACAGGUGCGAGCUGCGGAGGCGAGGAAGAGAUGUGCGGCAGAGGAGAGUUUGCUUCGAUCGCAUUGAAACCCUCCUCCGCGCUUUUCUGCGGCUCCAAGGGAUCACCAUCAAGACCAGGUCCAUCCGACAGACCGUAGAGAACUUGGCGGAGAUUCUAUCAGCACCACAACGACGAGCUCUGCUGCUCAGGACAGCCUUGGACAAGUGGACGUCUUUCAGCAGGGAGCAACGGCUCAAGUUCUUCGCCCGGAUCAUGCAGGACCAGCUCCUGAUCAAUCAUGCGUUCAACACGUGGAUGGUGAAGAAACUGAGGAGAGAGAGGGAGCUGUUACGGAGCAAGACAAUUGAGAAGUCUCCGACGUUGGUUCUCAACACUGCCUUGAAAACAUGUAGGAUGGACAUUCCCAGCGAGUAUCAGAAGAAAGCUUUGAACUCAGUUAACUUGUUGAUGAAUGCUUUCAAGACAUGGAAGAUCAACAAAGAACGACAUGUCCGCGCUGAUAUGCAGUCGCGUAUCUCGGUGUUGGUGAGAACAAUCGCAGAUCUAUCGGCCGAAGCUGAAAGAAACAUGUAG